ACCCAGAGCAGCGUUCAGAAAUACGAGUGUUAUCGGCCGAAAGUAAAGCUCCAGAAUUUAAAGGCAACUGCGAGAAGACAGACAGACCCUGGAUCUGCUGCUAAUCAGUAUUUUUGUGAAAGCUGAUACGUUUUCUUCUGUUUCCCCACGCGUGUUCGUUUGUUUCCCGGUCCGUCAGCCGACGUCAUGUCUCGGCUGCUGGUUGCUGCACCGACAAUGUUUGCUUCGCUAUUUUAAAGAUUCAGCAUGGCUUAGGUCAGCCCACGAAACGUAACGGCACCGCACAAAGGUCCCUCGGCUUCUUGGUUUUGCCUGUGAUGGUCGGACUUUCUGUAUCGCCGCAGAAUGCUGAGCGUGGACUCGCUGUCGGUCGCCGAGGAGGAGGUCGUCGAGUCGAGCUCCAGCCGGCUGGGGGACAUAUACGCGUUUGUGGCCGAAGGCAGCUACCCGCAGGCCAUGAACCCCAUCCGCAAAAAAAACCUGAAACGAUAUGCGCAAAAAUUCAUGCUCGACGACGGCCGGCUGUACUACGUGGGUCCGAAGAAGGAGGAGAAGCGUGAAGUGGUGAUCGAAGCUGAGCGCAAGAGGCAGAUCUUUUUGGAGUGUCAUUUCAACGACACUGGCCAUCACCUGGGCCAGAAGAAAACGGUUCACCGCAUCCAGAGUAAAUACUACUGGCUUGGGAUCGUCAAGGACGUGGUGGAUUGGAUCAAGGUGUGCGAGACGUGUCAGCACACAGAACGCAAUAAAAACAUGACACGGACGGUGCGUCCCAUGAAGGUUGAUGGGCCAUGGGAGAUUGUGGCGGUUGAAAUAAUGGGUCCGUUUCCAGGCAGUGCGCACGGGGGGAACACGCACAUUGUCAUCGUCACAGAUUAUUAUAGUAAGUGGGUGGAAGUGUUUCCCGUCCAAAAGAAAGAUUCCCUUUGUGUGGCAAGAUGCAUUUCCUCAUCUAUUUACAGGUAUGGGUCAGCAAAGACUAUAUUUUGCUCUCAAAGUGCUGACUUCUGUGAGGAGGUGACUAAACACCUCCAUGAGCGGUGGAACGUCAGCCAGAAGGUGUCGGCAGCAGAGCCGCCACAGAGGAACGCUCUCUACGACCACGGCAGUGCCCUGCUGAGAGAUGCCAUCAAGCAGCUGGUGGCGGAGAGGCAGGUGGAGUGGGCAGACUUCCUGGAGCAGGUCGUAGCCCUGUUCCGCACGGCUGUCAACCCCGCCACCAAGUUUACGCCAUACUUCCUAAUGUUCAACAGGAAAGCAAGCGUGCCCGGAGAGAUGAAGCUGGACCUGCUGAGCUAUGAGCAGAGGCCAGGUGGCUACACCCUCAGUGAGGAAGCCGACAGCUUCUUCCUCUCCACUCUGCAGGAGCACCAAAGUCAGCUGAAACAAACAGUGUUUUCCAACAUGAACGCUGCCUAUAAACAGGAGAAGAAGAGCGCCAAACGUCGGAGCAGGAACAUCAGCUCCAUAACUCUCACCGUCACCGAGCCCUUGUGCCCCCCGGACGAGUGUCCCUCACCAAAGAAGCUGCGAGACGGCCUGUUCGUGACAUUCCCCGUGGAGACGGUGCUUGGCACAGUACAGGCUGCCCCGGAGGAUAGGAAGAACGGGCUGGAAUACCCACUGCACUGAGGACUUUUCCUUUCAGAGCAAAUUGACACCUGCAGCAGUGUGGAGGUGCCCCCCAGAGGCUGCAUGCAGUAUAGCACAGCCUGCACUUGAGUUGGGAAGAGACCAGGACCACGGACAGUAUGCAGUAUUCUGACUUGGGCGCAGAGCACAGUGGAUGCUGGACAGAGUCGUUGGCACUGUUGCCAUUUUUGAGAAAUGGAAAAGCACACAUCCUGACCGGGGGGGGGGGGGUCAAAUUCUGUACAGGGUUUAACAUAAAUUGACUUUGAGUCUGGUUGAGUUUGUCUUAAGAGCAAAUAAAUUUUAAGAUGGGUGUGAUGGUGGUGGUUUCUGGGAAAUGUAGUGUUUCUGAUAUGUGGCAUCACAGUGCUCUUACUGCUUCUGUGCUUUUUUGGAAAAUCAGCCGUGCUUAAUGGCUAGAUUACCUGUAAGAUCUGUUAAGAUCGUUUAAAAUACAGGAAAUACAAGAAAUGUUAUAAUUGGCAUUUGAAAACAGUCUAUUACUUUUCUGUUUUUUGAACGUAAUAUGAUUCAGAACUGUAAGGAAGAUAUUUAUGACUAACAUUUAUCUCAUUCAGUACGUAUUGACUGAUUUAAUGCUGCAUAUGAUAAAUUUAUCCAGACUCUGACUGGAAUCUAAACCUCUGGGGUUUUUCCAUUUCUACACUAGUUCUUCUACUUCCUAGAACCCGUUUUCCUCAUACAAGUUGUCUGAGAAGAGACACUUUGAAUUGUGUCUACCGUUAAUAAACACCAACAUAUCAACACUGA